CCGCUCGUGCACCACCAGCCUCGGUCUUCACCCGGGACCACCACCACCGCCGCCGCCCCCGCUUUUCCCCCGCCGGAGCAGCAUGGCUUGUGGAGUUACGGCGAUGCCGGCUGGACGGAGCUGAACGGCUGUUUUCCCCCCCACCGGGGCGGGGGAAGCCGCGGCGGAGGCACCGCUCGCACUUCGCAUGUCCGCGGCGCCCGGGAAGUCGGAUGUGUACGGCCUUCUCCCCCCCUCCUCCUCUCCUCCAUGGCCGUCGUGCUCCGGCUUCUCGGCCUCUCCGGGAGCGCUCCGUGGCCGGCGGGCAGCAGCAGCGCACGUCGCGAUCGCCGUAGCGAGGCACGGCGCGGCUGGCUCCAGUGACCGCGCCCCAGCCCUGCCAUGUACCCCCAGGGCCGGCACCCGGCUCCGCACCAGCCGGGCCAGCCGGGCUUCAAAUUCACCGUGGCCGAGUCCUGCGACCGGAUCAAGGACGAGUUCCAGUUCCUGCAAGCCCAGUACCACAGCCUGAAAGUGGAGUAUGAUAAGCUGGCGAACGAGAAGACAGAAAUGCAGCGCCAUUACGUUAUGUACUAUGAAAUGUCGUAUGGUUUGAAUAUUGAAAUGCACAAACAGACAGAAAUUGCUAAAAGACUGAAUACGAUUUUAGCCCAGAUCAUGCCUUUUCUGUCACAAGAGCACCAACAGCAAGUCGCACAGGCUGUUGAGCGUGCCAAGCAAGUGACAAUGACGGAGUUGAAUGCUAUCAUCGGGGUACGUGGACUUCCCAAUCUGCCUCUCACCCAGCAGCAGCUCCAGGCCCAGCACCUCUCCCACGCCGCCCAUGGGCCCCCGGUCCAGCUGCCGCCGCACCCCUCGGGUCUCCAGCCACCGGGCAUCCCGCCGGUCACCGGCAGCAGCUCGGGGCUGCUGGCUCUCGGCGCCCUGGGGAGCCAGGCACACCUCGCUGUCAAGGACGAGAAAAACCAUCACGACCUGGACCACAGAGAGCGAGACUCAAGUGCAAAUAACUCCGUUUCGCCCUCGGAGAGCCUGAGAGCCAGUGAGAAGCACCGGAGCUCCACGGACUACAGCAUCGACUCCAAGAAGCGGAAAGCAGAGGAGAAGGACAGCAUGAGCCGAUAUGACAGCGAUGGUGACAAGAGCGAUGACCUGGUGGUCGACGUCUCCAACGAGGACCCUGCCACCCCCCGGGUCAGCCCAGCCCACUCUCCCCCGGAGAACGGCAUAGACAAAGCCCGCGGGCUGAAGAAGGGGGACGCACCAAACAGCCCGGCCUCGGUCGCCUCCUCCAGCAGCACUCCCUCCUCCAAGACUAAAGACCUGGGCCACAAUGACAAAUCGUCAACGCCCGGGCUCAAGUCGAACACUCCGACGCCGAGGAACGACGCUCCGACCCCGGGGACGAGCAGCACCCCAGGGCUGCGGCCGAUGCCCGGCAAGCCGACCGGCAUGGACCCCCUGGCCUCGGCCCUGCGGACGCCCAUCUCCAUCGCGGGCUCCUACGCGGCUCCCUUCGCCAUGAUGGGGCACCACGAGAUGAACGGCUCGCUCACCAGCCCCAGCGCCUACGCGGGGCUCCACAACAUCCCCCCGCAGAUGAGCGCCGCUGCCGCCGCCGCCGCUGCCUACGGCCGGUCGCCAAUGGUGAGCUUUGGAGCUGUUGGCUUCGACCCGCACCCGCCCAUGAGAGCCCCCGGCCUGCCCUCCAGCCUGGCGUCCAUCCCCGGAGGGAAGCCAGCCUACUCCUUCCACGUGAGCGCCGACGGGCAGAUGCAGCCGGUCCCUUUUCCCCACGACGCCCUGGCGGGUCCCGGCAUCCCGCGGCACGCCCGGCAAAUCAACACCCUGAGCCACGGGGAGGUGGUGUGCGCCGUCACCAUCAGCAACCCCACCAGGCACGUCUACACCGGGGGCAAGGGGUGCGUGAAGAUCUGGGACAUCAGCCAGCCGGGCAGCAAGAGCCCCAUCUCCCAGCUGGACUGCCUGAACAGAGAUAACUACAUCCGCUCCUGCAAACUUCUCCCCGACGGCCGCACGCUGAUCGUGGGAGGGGAGGCGAGCACGCUCACCAUCUGGGACCUGGCUUCCCCCACGCCCCGCAUCAAGGCCGAGCUGACCUCCUCCGCCCCCGCCUGCUAUGCCCUGGCCAUCAGCCCCGACGCCAAAGUCUGCUUCUCCUGCUGCAGCGACGGCAACAUCGCCGUCUGGGACCUGCACAACCAGACGCUCGUCAGGCAAUUCCAAGGCCACACAGAUGGUGCCAGCUGCAUAGAUAUCUCGCACGACGGUACGAAGUUGUGGACGGGGGGUCUGGACAACACAGUGCGCUCCUGGGACCUGCGGGAAGGGAGGCAGCUCCAGCAGCACGACUUUACGUCCCAGAUCUUCUCACUGGGCUACUGCCCGACGGGCGAGUGGCUCGCGGUGGGCAUGGAGAGCAGCAACGUGGAAGUGCUGCACCACACGAAACCCGACAAGUACCAGCUGCACCUCCACGAGAGCUGUGUCCUCUCCCUCAAGUUUGCCUACUGCGGUAAAUGGUUUGUGAGUACUGGAAAAGACAACCUGCUCAACGCCUGGAGGACGCCCUACGGAGCGAGCAUCUUCCAGUCCAAGGAAUCCUCGUCCGUCUUAAGUUGUGACAUUUCAGCGGAUGACAAGUACAUCGUCACGGGCUCUGGUGACAAGAAGGCCACAGUCUACGAGGUCAUCUACUAACCGUGGAUUUUAUAGCAGGGCUGGCAACUCCCGGCACCGGUGGUGGCAGGACUCAGGCGGCUGGCGGGGAGCAGCCGGGGGCUCGG